CGGAGCCUCUUUCUCGAGCGGGCGGCGGCCAUGGCGGAGCCGCGGGUGCUGGUGAUCGAUGGCCGCGGACACCUCCUGGGGCGUCUGGCGGCGAUCGUGGCCAAGCAGGUGCUGCUGGGCCGCCGCGUGGUCGUGGUUCGCUGCGAAGGCAUCAACAUCUCUGGCAAUUUCUACCGCAACAAACUGAAGUUCUUGGCCUUCCUGCGCAAGCGCAUGAACACCAACCCCUCGCGGGGGCCCUACCACUUCCGAGCCCCCAGCCGCAUCUUCUGGCGCACGGUGAGAGGGAUGCUGCCCCAUAAGACCAAGCGGGGGCAGGCGGCGCUGGAGAGGCUGAAGGUGUUCGAUGGGAUCCCCCCCCCCUAUGAUAAGCGCAAGCGCAUGGUGGUUCCGGCCGCACUCAAGAUCAUCCGCUUGAAACCCACUCGUAAGUUCGCAUACCUGGGCCGCCUGGCGCAUGAGGUGGGCUGGAAGUACCAGGCGGUGACGGCAGCACUGGAGGAGAAGAGGAAGGAGAAGGCAAAGCUGAGAUACAACAAGAAGAAGAAGCUGAUGAGCCUGCGGCGCAGAGCUGAGCGCAACGUGGAGGCCAAGACAGCACCAUUCACAGCGGUGCUGAGGCACCACGGGCUGCUGCUGUGAAUAAAGGGGCUGGUUUGGACUGGUUUUAA